AUGUCUCUACCAGGUGCGACCCUCGACCCCCUACUCCGCCUCGACCCGUCCAUCACGCUGGAGAUCCUGUAUCUCCUGCCCCUUCACGACCUCAUCUCCUGCCACCUAGUCUCCAAACCUUGGAAGACUGUCAUAGACAGCUACUCUACAUCGAUAUACCGCAACCUCUCCCUAUCCAUCCUCAACUCCAAGAGGUAUAAUCGCCUCAAAGCAGCGGCGGAUGCUCCUAAAACGACCAGAAUCUCAUCGAGCGAUGCGUUGGUAGGAGGCCUCAAGGUAGACUGGAAAGCAGCAGUGAAGAAGGCGGUGAUGGAAGAGAAGAAUUGGAAAUACGGUCGAGCAACGACGAAAUGGCUGACUCCCGGCAGUAACGCCGUUUGGAGGCAAAAGAUUGACCCGGAAGAACAAGUCCUCUACACCGUUUCCCGUAUUGGCGGAAUCCAAGCCCACACUCUAGCUGCUCCCUACACACCUCUCUUUGAAUACGUCGACACCGCUGCUUACGCCCACCUCGAAUUCACCAAAGGUUACUUGAUCUUCAAUAUUGAGAACCACUUUGAAGUUCACCUCACUCCGCCAGCAUUGGCGAGACUAUCCCCAGAGGAGAAGGAAAGAAUCCCGAAUGUGGAAGAGUCUGCGACUUAUGGAGAUGGGUGGUCGCAUACAGAAAAGCGGCCUUGGCAAUUACAAGAUGGGGAGACGCUGAGGGGGCAUUUGACAUACUACCGGUCCAUCAGCACCCCCACCGACUGCUUCGCAUUCCGGGCUCGAACAAAUCGAGAGGGUACGGACAAAGAACGCCCCGUCGUUGGUUUCGCCGGGGCCACGCAUGCGUACAUCUAUGAUCUGGCCAAUGACGGCUAUGUGGAGAGCUACUCGCUUGCUGGUGACUUUAUGAACCAGGAUGUCAAUUACAUUGAAUUCGACGACGAUUUCCUAUUCGUCUGCAGCGACAAUGACAUGCGCACCUUCUCUCGCCACACCCACAAAGCUCUUUCGACUUUCCCCGAGAUAUCCCUGGAGCAACCUCUCCACGUAUUUUAUGGUCUCUUCCCAAAUGAAGGAAAGACUGCCUUGCCGAUCCGGACGCCCAGUGGACCGGGUGAGAAGCAAGCGAGGGCAGAAUUGGUCUGGCUCGACGGCUGGUGGAUCGGGGAUUCGGACUCUGAAAACAGUCGGAUACAAAGACAUGAUUCACUGUUCAAUAUUGAUCAACGGUUUAACGCUUGCCACUAUACCUCUCAAGACCUUUUCUGCGCGAACAUUUCCGGCAUUCUCUACGUCCUCCGUUCUUACCGAGAAGUGCUUUCUAUCUCUGAUCCUGAGAAAAGGCAGGAGGCGAUCAUGAGGCACCUACUGCUUCUCGAUGUUACGGGUGAUCUUGAAACUGGAGAGCGCGGGGAGGAGCAAACACUGAACCAGUUGGCGACUUGCGGGGAGAAGGUAGUCUUCAACACUAAUGAAAAAGUCUACGUGCUCGACGCUGCAUCUCUACCCGCCCCGCCCUACGACCCGCCCACUGCGUCCACACCCUCAGCACCCUGCCCCAAAAUUCGCCUCUUAUCCCUGCUCGACGUCCACGAACACGGCCUCCGCCAUUCCUCUUCGCUCCAGAUGGACGAUACCACCAUCUAUCUCGUCUAUUGGGCGCAGGAACGUGCAAGAAAUGGGGGAGAGGAGAUUGAUAUUUACGAGGCGCAGUUAACGACAGACGACUUGGGGAUGUGCGUGAAGGCUUGGGAUUUUGGAUGGGAGGAGUGA